AUGGCAGCAAAUGUUGAGUGAGUUCAGGCUUAUCUACAGGGCCACAGCCUGUGGCCCACAGGCUACAGGAAGGCUUUUGGGUUGACUUUGGGUGCUUUUUUGGAGGUAGGGCCCUUAACUUUUGAAAAUUUUAGGGAAUUUCAUGCCUUUAGAGGCCAAAAACCCACAAAAAAUUGGUUAGGGGGGUUAACUAUUUGAAAAUAUUUCCUGGAAGGGGGGUUAACUCAAGGGUCCCCGGAGCGACUAGUAUGUUUUUGAAAGGCCGUGUGUUAUCCACAGAAAACACUUGAUCUGUAAUUAUUUUCAGAACAAUUCAUUGUGGAUUGGGUGAUUUAUUCAGUGCAGGUCCACAACAAAAAAUAAAUGAAAAAUUGCGAAUCUUCUUGCCACCGGCGAUUCAACCCACUGUAGAUGCAAUCAAAAAAGUGACAAUCACCACAGAUGUCACCAGCUCUGGACCGAUUUAUAAAUAUGAAAUUGAAUGGCGGGAAAAAUCGGGAGAGACCUUGAAAAAGUGGCAACAAAAAUGGCAGCAGCAGCAGCAAAAAUCGACAUUGACACCGAACAAAAGUGCAACUAGUGUUAGAUUAUCGAAAAAAGUGUCGAACCUUGGACAAGCGUUUUGCGACGGACCGUGUCAAUCAAUGGUCGACGCAACAUCGCUGAUUCAAUUCGGUUGCGAUCAUUUGAUAUGCGAGAAAUGUCGAAUAUCACAAAAGGCCGCGCCACUUUUCGAUGGCUCGCCGGGUUGUUGCAACGUGGAUUGUUUGACAAUCGCCAAGUUCAGUGGGGAGAAGAUCAGAUCGGGAAAUUUGUCGAAGAGCAGCUCGUUUUUGUCAGUCACCGGACCGUUUGAAAGUAUCAAUGUGCAUUUGACGAUUGUGAAGAGAUUGCAUAAUAAUGUGGUGAGAAAUUAUAUGGAGUAUGAGUUUUCGACGCAAAGUCGUCUUGCGUCACUUCGACAUACGCUAACUUCACAUAAGUGAGUUGGGCUAACUUCUCGGGAAAGGCUCGCGGCGUUUUUGUUUUUUGCCCUCGGGUCAGGCAAGAGUAUGGGGCAUAGAACUUGGGUCAAAACCAGACCUGGGAAAUUUUUACCUGGCACCGUAAAACGUAAAAUCGGAAUUUUACGGUUUUAAAAACCGUUGGUAACUUAUCGUAACUCCAACAUAAUUUUAACAAUAUUAUUUUUCAUAUUCAUCAAAAAUUAAUUAGGAUGAAAUCAAUUUUCUUUGAAAAAUGUUGUUUUUUAAAAAGUUUCUAUUUGAUUCUGUAAAAAUUCACAAUAAUUAAACUAUAUUUAGUGAAUUUUUUUACGAAUUAUUUUACGAUUUUUUGAGCCGUAAAACCGUAAAAUGGAUUUUACGGUGAAAUUCCAUAAAAACCGUAAAACGAAAAAAACGUGAACGUAAAAUGUUUUUACUCAAAACAUUGACUACCCAUCCACUUAUCCACUCGGACAUUUUUCAUGAAAAUGGUGUGCCCGUACUAAAAAGGCGUCGGAAAUUCCCCUGAGUAUUGAUUGAUGGUUGUUUUUUCCAGAAAAAUUGUGCAAGACUCUCGUGUCUACUAUAGUUUCCGCAAACCCGAAAAACGCGAUGACCUCAACCUGAUCUCACUUCUCGACACAAAUCUACGCUUCUAUGAUUUGGCUGCUAGAGGAUCGAACAACCAGACUGAACUCUAUUUUGUGAUUAUUGGAAAAGGUGUUCGUGUAUGA